CUCCCAAGCUCUUCAGGAGGUGGUGCAGUUCGACAAACCCUUUUUCAUUGUAUGCUUCAACCACACAAUCACGGGGGUCGUGCUGCCCUUGGUAAUCGGCUACCAUUGGAUGUUUGGAGAGAUAGAAGACCGCUAUGCGGGGCUGGAUGUUAUUGGGAUAUUGACACGCCACUCUGUGAUUCCGUUCGAUAAACUCUGUCGCAUUUCGGCUUGGCUGAGCCUAUUUUACCUAUUGGCAGACUACUUUUGGUACGCGGCAUUGACGAACGUCAGUGUAGCGGCGGGGACGGCUAUCUUCAACUGCUCGCCGUUGUUUGUGUACUGUUUUUCGAUCUGUUUCCUGCAUGAACGACCGUCGUUUGGCAAGAUUUGUGGCGUGUUCACGUCGUUUGUGGGGGUCACGAUGGUCGUCAUGUUCCAAGAUGGAAGCGACGUCGACGCGAUUGCUGGUACCGGUUUACUGGCUGGUUUGCUCGUGGUGAUAUCGGCUGCUCUGUAUGGAGGAUAUGAGGUUGCGUUGCGACUUGCUGUUGGGGAGGAUAUUACGGACACGUCGACGUUGUUGACGAUGACGGGGUUGACUGGAUUGUUUACUGUCCCCCUGUGGCUCGUUGGAAGUUUCGCUUUGGUGUACAGUCCGUUCUCGUCGCUACAGGAGCCGCUCGGUUUCCCAGUUACUGGUAAUGGCGUGUUCUUGUUGCUAUUGAGUGGCGUGAUGGCAGUUGUUUUUAAUGUGUUCUUGCCGCUGUCGUUGUGCUGGACGUCGCCAUUGGAAACGAGCGUGGGAGUGAUGCUUACGAUUCCUCUUUCUGGUGUGAUCGACACUUUGUUCCACGGAACAAGCUUCUCGUGGGAGUGUAUUGUCGGGUCUGCUUUAGUGAUGGGGGGCUUUGGAAUUCUAGAAUAUUGCACUAGCCCGCCAGAAGUGCCGGACAACCAUGGUGACCUGGUGUAAAAAACUUCUACAGCAGAGAGCUCAGCCUGGGUGGCAGAGUUGAGCUAUAUGUACCCUUGAAUACGAGUAAACGCGAGGCUGCAUUUCGUUUGUUACCCAGUGCAAACGGGUGACUUAUUGCUACCAUUCUAAAAAGAAAAAUUAAUAAAAAGAAAAGAAACUUGGCUUGGUC